GUUAAUAGAGCAGUAGUGAAUGAAACCAACAUUUUACCACAAAAGACACUCCAGAAUUCACGCCUGAUUGUCCAGACAGGCAUUAAAGUGCGUGAAAUUUGAUUCUUAACUUGCUACCUUUCUUCUUACAUCCUCAGACCUCUGUGUGGGCAUUCAUCAGUUUCGCAUUUUUGGGAUCAAACCCUUCAUCCUGAAUGCUUCUUUGGUUGUUUUUUUUCUACGGAAAUUUAUUCAAAAAAAAUCAUAUUUGCAUCUGGGUUGGUUUCUCAAUAAAAGCUGAGAUUUUCUCCUUUUUUUUAAUUGCGUGUUGUUGAUAAAAUUUCAAUAUUGUCCAAAGGGCCGGCUUGCAUUACUCUCUAGAAGCAGAGAGGGUAACAAACCUGGCGAGACUAGAAGCGAUCCACAAGCUAAGAAGAGAGAGAAAAAACAUGGGGAACGGUCAAUUGAUCCCAAUACUAGGCUUCCUUACAUGUGUGGCGUUUCUAUAUCUCUCCUUUGGAGAUUUGUGGUUCGAUUACAAAAGAGAGGCGGAGCUAGGUUUCGUAAGUAGAAACGGCACACAGUUCGUGUUGGAUGGUAAGCCUAUGUAUGUGAAUGGGUGGAACUCCUACUGGUUCAUGGACCAUGCCGUCAAUGAUCAUAGCAGACACCGUGUGGGUGCAAUGCUUGAAGCUGGAUCCAAAAUGGGUCUCACUGUGUGUCGAACCUGGGCUUUCAAUGAUGGUGGUUACAAUGCUCUCCAGAUCUCUCCUGGCAGAUUCGAUGAACGUGUCUUCAAGGCCUUGGAUCAUGUAAUCGCAGAGGCAAAAACACAUGGUGUUAGGUUGCUUCUUAGCUUAGUCAAUAACCUACAAAACUAUGGAGGGAAGACUCAGUACGUGAAUUGGGCAUGGCAGGAAGGUGUUGGGCUCAGCUCCUCCAAUGAUUCUUUCUUCUUUGACCCAUCUAUCCGCAGAUACUUCAAGAAUUAUCUGACCGUGCUGCUGACCCGGAAAAACUCGAUAACAGGGAUAGAGUACAGAAACGACCCAACGAUAUUUGCGUGGGAGUUGAUAAAUGAGCCUCGCUGCUUAACUGAUAUCUCUGGGGAUACUCUCCAAGAUUGGAUAAACGAAAUGACAGCAUACAUAAAAUCAAUUGACAAGAAGCAUCUUCUAACAGUAGGCUUGGAAGGUUUCUACGGCCCCAAGAGCCCAAAACGGCUGACGGUUAACCCGGAAAGGUGGGCAUCUGAGCUUGGUUCAGAUUUUGUUAGAAACUCUGAGUCCCCAAACAUCGAUUUUGCAUCGGUUCAUAUCUACCCUGAUCACUGGUUUCACGACCAGGGGUUUGAAGAGAACCUAAAGUUUGCGGUGAAAUGGAUGCAAUCUCACAUGGAAGACGGGGACAAGGAACUGAAGAAGCCUGUUCUCUUCACCGAGUUUGGGCUAUCGAAUCUGAACAAGGACUAUGAGCCGUCGCAGCGUGAUAGGUUCUACAGAACAAUCUUUGAUGUUAUAUACAAAUCAGCUAAGAGGAAAAGGUCAGGGGCAGGAACAUUGGUGUGGCAGUUUUUGAUAGAAGGCAUGGAAGGGUUCAACGAUGACUUUGGGAUAGUGCCAUGGGAGAAAGAUUCGAUCCAGAGACUAAUGUUGGAGCAGUCUUGCAGAUUGGGUAGGGUCACAGGACGGCAUCUUCAGGACAAGAAGUAUAGAGAAAUAUGUUCGCACAAACCCUGAUGAUGAGAGAAUUACACUUAACUACACAAGAAGAAGAAGCUUGAGAUUGAUUUACUUGGGGGGUUUAAUACAAAAGUGUUGUGUAGUAUAGUUUUGUCAAUUACAAACUUGUAAUAUGUAUCCCCCAACAUUUUGUUUAUUCUAACUUUUGGCCACGAUUAUUUUGAGUAGUCAUUAACAACCUUGGUG